UCACGUGAUCAAAGUUUGACAGUUAAUGCAACAUGGCGGACUAGACGUGUAGCCGAACGGUUGUGUUUUGAUUUGUUUACUUUUUGUGAUUAUUUAGCUGGAUUUUUCAUAUGUGAGCAUUAAUAUGAUAUCGUCGAUAAUUUCCCGAUUGGUCAUAUUGGUAUUCGGGACCCUUUACCCGGCUUACGCUUCAUAUAAAGCUGUUCGCACGAAGAAUUUGAAGGAAUACGUAAAAUGGAUGAUGUACUGGAUAGUUUUCGCCCUGUUCACUUGCACAGAGACGUUCACAGACGUCUUUCUGUCGUGGUUCCCGUUCUACUACGAGGUGAAGAUAGUGCUGGUGCUGUGGCUUCUCUCGCCUGCCACCAAGGGUUCCUCUAUUCUGUACAGGAAGUUUGUACACCCGGCGCUAUGCAGGCGGGAACAGGAAAUAGAUGAGUACAUAGCCAAGGCGAAGGACCAGGGCUACCACACGGUGCUCAACUUGGGCACGAAAGGCGUCAACUAUGCCACCACAGUCAUUAUGCAGACCGCAAUCAAAGGCGGCGGCGGGCUGGUGCAGCAGCUGCGCAAGAGUUACAGCUUGUCCGACCUUACGGAGUGCGAGCCGCGCGACGAGCGGUGCGCCGACGAGGCCGACGACGUGCUCACCGAGCCACGGCUCAUACGACGCGCUACUGUUAAAAGCGGUUACAACACACGUCGCAGCGCGUCGGAGUCGAACAGCCGUUCGCCGAUGUACUUCCCGGAGGUGGACGUGGAUCUACGCGCCGGUCGCGCCAGUCGGGGCGACGAGCCAGAUUUUAGCCAUAUAAAAUCAAGCGAGGACAUUAGCUCUGGCUACUCGAGUGCGGACAACUCGGCGUCCCUCACUCGCACAGCGUCGCUCAGCGCCGCGUCUAGAGCCAAAGUGCGCUCACGCACAACCGUCACCACCAUCAAACGACCACAAGCAGCCGAGGAAAGUGAAGUAAUCAUCGAGGAGCUACACGACGACGAUAGUUUUGAUUAUACGAAUAUGCCCCCCCUCUUAAAUCUCCCCCACAAUCUGUACUUGUCCAACACAGAACCCCCCUUUAUAUACCAACUUGUAGGAGACCAAGUAAGAGUUAUCCACGUACUAGGUACUAAUAUCUCAAGUUUUAAUAUUGAAAAUAACGAUCCAGAUCAAUGGGACCAAAAAGAAGCUUUCCAGGACGCUUCUCCUAUGAAGGAUUCUACUGAUAUCGAAAGUAAAGAAAUCCCUAAAACAUUAGACUCUACUAACAAUAAUGAUAAUGAAUUUGCUAGUAAGGAAAAAUCUGAUGAACGAAAACCAGAAAGUGUGCAUGAAAAUAAAGAACAUAUCGAUAUCCCUUUUAAAAAUGAAGAAAAAGACAAUGACUUACCAAGUACCACUGUUCCAAGUUUAGAUAAAUGUGAUGUUCAAGUAACGAUUAAAAAUGAAGAUAACGAUGAACAAACAACAUCUGAGAAUAUUACGAAAAAAGAUCUUGAUGGUUUGAUCAACCCUGUAGAAGUUGUAGUACCUCAAGUAGUAAAUAAUGAGGAUCCUGUAGAAACUACGAGUCUCGAUACGUCAAUGAAUGACAACGAUUCCGCAGAGAGUGACGACGAGGCCUCAUUUGGUACUCCAGAUGAUUCACCAAAAAGCAAAAGAAAAUCACCGAAAGGAAAAUAUGGUAAAGGGAAAGCACCACCACCGCCAAGCACUACACAACAAUCCCUACACCAAGUUGAAAACUCUGAUGGCACUAAAAAUACUCGAGAUGUUCAAGAUGGUACAGAAGAAAGUUUAUUUGAAUUCGUGAAGACCUUACCUAAUACUGGAUUUAAGGAGACUGGAAAGAAAGGAUUACAAGUAGUCAAUCCCAUAGCAGAGAAAAAACUUAGGCACAAAUCGAAGUCACCUGGUAGAAUUCCUAAAAGUGGUUCAGGCAUAGGGAAACUCUUACAGUUUCCAGGCAAGUUAGCUUUUUGGAAAAACGAUGACAAAACUAAAGACACUUUAUCUACUUCGUCAGGAGACCAUAGUCGGAGGUCCUCGACUAUCGAAAGGACAAUUGAUGACUUUCAAAGUUGUAACGAUUUGAAUGAACUUUUAAAGAAGUCACCGAGAGACGACGAUACAGCCGAUGAUCACUUAAGUUUCAAAGAUGCCGAAAUUGGAAGCGAAAUAAUUUCGCAAGAUAUUAUAGACAAAAGUGAUGAGUUACAGAAACUCAUUGAAGCAAAAAUAGAGAGUCACCCAGAAUAUAAGUAUCUUUCAUUGCAUGGAAAUACUGGGGAAAUACCGAGUUCAUCAAAAAGUACUGAUGUAUGAGGCCUUCCUAGUCCCGAGUCCAUUUCUCAUAGCUGAAGAAAGCAGAACAGCAAUGCUGACGGCCUCCUCUACAAUUCCCCGCGCAAAAAAAUCCACUAAAAGGAAAACUCAGUAAACAAUGCACACACAAAUGAGUAACUAUUUUUUAAGUAAUUUUCUUUAGCUUACGUGCUCCUCACUCUCUUGAUGAGUCAUUCAAAGAUUAGUGUGUAAAUUAAAUUAAGGGAGCAUGUAGUUCUUUGCAAUUAGGCUCUUUCUGGGUUUAACAUUCUAUCAACACGAAUGUUAGAAUUUAGAAAAUUAUUUUCUCCUUUCAUUUUAGCUCUGAUACUCAAUCAUCUAUUUAUUUGCAAGUUUUGAUUGUUUAUUUUUCCUAUUAAUAGUUGUCUUAAAAGAAAGCAACUAUAAACGACAGACAUCCGUCUUUUUAUAAUUAAUUA